UCCGUCUGACAACUCCAUUCUAGCUUCUACCGUUUUUUUUGUCGCACGGCCUUGAUCAAGGGGCGGACUUCAGUGACACGGAACUGGCACGUCCAUGUGUGUGACAGCGCUCCGUGCAGGGUCCGUGUCCUGCCCCGGCCUGCAGUAAUGAAGAAUUGAUCUGAGAAGUGUGAGCCUUUUCAGCAUAAUUAAAGUAGACGCAGUGGGCCACCACAGUUUCUCUGCCUCGCUUAUGAUACCUAAAGAAACAAGAGAAGAUCCUAGACCUCACUAUUGACCUGCUGACUGGAGAGGUUCCUGUAAGGUGUCAGGAUGUCACUGUCUGUUUCUACUUGAAAGAGUGGGAGUAUUUAGAGGAUAAGGAUCUCUACCAAGACGUCAUGAUGGAGGACAACCAACCCAACACAUCACCGGGUGGGUCCAGUAACAGAACCGCUCCAGAGAGGUCUCCCAGUCAUCUUUAUUCCCAGGAUUCUCCAGAGGAAAAUCACAGCGUCCCAGAGGAUCAUCAGGUAGAUGACGCUGAGGCUGAAGACAAGCUGAGCAUUAAAGUUGAAGAUCCAGAGGAUAAAGAAUUAUAUGUUAUGAGUGAUGGCCGGUAUGAAGAGAAAGGAGUUUCUGCAGACAUCAGCACAGAGAUUUCAGAACUGGGAAAGACCUACGGGAAUUGCAGUGAAUCUUCAAAUGAGAAGUUGGAUUUUGCGGAGCAUAAAAGAACCCAACCCAAACAGAAGCCAUAUGUUUGUCCUGAAUGUGGGGACUGUUUUACAUUUAAGGGAAACCUUGAGAGACAUAAGAGGAUUCACAGAGGCGAUAGGCCAUUUCAGUGUCUGGAAUGUCAGAAGCGCUUUCUUCAUAGAUCAGAACUUGUUAACCAUCAGAAAAAUCACACUGGAGACAAGCCGUAUGCAUGUUUGGAAUGUGGAAAAUCUUUUAUUAGGAAACCCGUUCUCAUGAAACAUCAGAGAAUUCACACAGUAGGGAAGCCAUUUUCAUGUUCUGAAUGUGGGAAACGGUUUUCCCUGGAAACUCGUCUCUUUGAACAUCAAAAAAUUCAUAGAAAUGAGAGACCGUUUUCAUGUUCAUAUUGUGGGAAAAGUUUUACCCAGAAAGCAGGCCUUGCUGAACAUCAGAGGAUUCACACAGGAGAGAACCUUUUUUCGUGUUCAGAAUGUGGGAAAUCAUUUACCAAGAAUUCUGCUCUGAUUAUACAUCAGAGAUUUCAUACGGGAGAGAAGCCAUUUACGUGUUCCUUAUGUUCAAAAAGUUUUACUCAGAAGUCAGAUCUUAUUAAACAUCUUCGAAUCCACUCAGGAGAGAAGCCUUUCUCAUGUUCAGUGUGUGCAAAGCGUUUUACCCAGAAGCCAGAUCUUCUUGAACACGAGAGAAUUCACACAGGGGAGAAGCCAUAUUCAUGCUUGGAAUGUGGAAGAUGUUUUACCCACAGAUCAAAUUUUGUGAAACAUCAGAUUAUUCACAAAUAGUGUUUUAGGUUAUGUGUGAAAUCAAGAAAUGCUACAAAACACUUAAAGAUGGAGCCAAUUGGUCCUUAAACACAGAACUGAGUUGUGUUUUUGAAUAUCCCUCCUUGGCGUUAAGAUUCCUAGAUUCUUUGCCCGAUAUCAUGAGAAGGAUUUAAUCAGGAACGCAAAUUAUUGACCCCGGAACACAGCAGACUUUUCAAGUGAGAUAAGCAGAAUCUUUUCUAUAGUACUUCACAACGGCACUACGCUAAGAUAGCCCUGCUUCAACCAGGUAGAGCCAGGAAGAAUACAUUUGACCACCCUCUGGCUCUUCCUCAGGGUCUUCCUGUCCCCUUCAGGUGGGGAGAGGAUCAUCAGCACCACAGCAUGUGUCUGAGUCCCGCUCCCUGUGAAGGCAGACAGUAGAGGUAUGUCAAGAAAUGCCUGCCACAAGUUGGAGAUGCAAGGAAGUGAAUGCAAUAUACGCUACAAAUAGAUCCUUUCCGGCCAGGCAGCAGGCCGCAUGUGACCGGACCCUCAUUGAGUCCAUAUGGUCUUCAUCUGCCCCUUUGCCAUCUGAUACAAUCAGCGCUCGUGGAUGAUGUCAGAGGGGGCUUGAUUGAGGCAUCUGUAUUGUACUUGUUUGGCCACUUCUGGUGUCAAACCACGCUCUAUAGAGUGGUGUGGGCGGAAAUGACUGGUGCAGAACUUCAUGGCGGAUUUCACCGCUGAUCUGAGGUAGGAAAAACUAUUUAAAGGGGUUCUCUGUGAAUGAUUUAAGAUGGCUGCUAGCAACCUGUGCUAGAAUGUAAGCAAACCUGGUUGCUACCGGUAUCACUUGCAGAGAUGCCUCGGGGGGGUGGGGGGCCCUCGAUAUGGGGCCUCUGGCACCUGCAUAUACUACAUAUUAGUGAGUUUUCCUGUCAGCUGCUGAGCCAUAAUGGCAUAUUAAAAGCAGGAUCAUAUUAUUACCAUCUAUUGUAGAGCAGUGUAGUGAGGACCCGCUCAUCACUCCCCUAGACAGCCCAGCAAGUGGUCACAACCAGGCCUGGCAGCCAUUUUAAAUUAUUCCCAGGGAACCCCUUUAAGAAAUCAUUUGAGACCUGGCUGUUCUCCUACAAUCAUGUCAGAAUUAGGAGACAGCAUGGAAACUUCUCAGUGCUCUACUGUUGUAACAGUAUAUGGUGGUGUUUCUGUCCCAUAUUAUGGAUUCCUUAUGUUGUUUUCCUUCCUUGUGUGCAUGGUGAUACCUCUCAUAAGAUUU